CUAAUACAUGAUUAAAAUUGACAUACCAAGAAUACUAGGUACUGUACAAACAAAAAGUUGUAGAAUAUGCUGAUAUUUUUUUAUCCAACAGAGUCCUCGUCGAGUGUCCCACUUGCGUCAGCGCAACACCGUGGUUGGAUAAAAUGGAAAGAUGUCCCAUUAAGAAGGGGAACAAGAGCUACAAGAUUUGCAUGCACGGGACCUAUGAAAACGAGCAGUGCGGCCACAGGCUCGACUGCUACAGGGAUGCCAACGAGGAAUGCACGGAGAAGCGCGAAUUCGACAACCACGAUAAGAGGUGCCGUACUGGCUACAUGUGCAACAAGGAGUUGGGGAUCUGCGUCGGCCCUGAAGGUCGCCCCGACACCUGGCAGCUGAAGCUCAUGACCAUCAUCGGCCGCCCUAACGAUCACAAAACCCAUACCGUUGAUGACGGGAUACCCUUCGAAGGACUCUAAACUAACAACAUUCCACUUGGACCAAACAACUGAAACUUAUGAUCUCAUUCCUAGUCAUAUUUAAAAAGAUGUGUUAAUGAUCAACAUUCCUACAAUGAUCUCAGUUUAUAAUUUAACUAAUUUUGUACGAAAAUGAAAUAUAUAGUGUAAGAGCGAUCUGGAGUUUUAUUGCAUGGUGUAUUUCAAAUAAUUUCAUUAAAAAUCGAUAUUACCUGCAGUUAUUACAAUUUCAAGGCAACGA